AUGUUUAUAUUUCUAUUGAUUAUUGUAAUUACUAAUGCAACAGAAAGUAUUAACAAUCAAGAAGAAAGAACUAAAGAAGUAAUACACACACAAAUAGAAUCAAAUCAGAAUAAAAUGAUGGACAUUUUGUAUAAAAUACAUUUAAAAAGUGAAGGAAUUAAAGAAGAAAGAACAGAUGAAGUAAAAGUAAAAACACAAAUUACAGAGGAUGCAAAUACACAAAUGAAUAAAGUAUCAGAAGAACCAAAAGGUAGUGAAAUAAGUAAAGAUGGAGUGACAAGUACAGAAGAAGAACGAGUUGAAAACAGUAAAACAAAACAAACAAAUGAACAAGAACAAACUACAAAUCCAAAGAGUAAAAUGACUGAAGGGGUUAGUGCAGAAGAAAGUGCAGAAGCAGAAAGUAAGAAGCCAAAGGUUGAAAACAAACAAGAAGGAGAAAAUACAAUAAAUGAGAAAGGUAAUGAAAAAGAAAAUAUAGAACAUAAGGAUAAAAGUAAAGAAGAAAGCACUUCAGAAACAGGAAAAAGUGCAACAGGUUCUUCUGAUAAAACAGAAAAAAGUGGAGAAAGUGAUAAAGGAAGUAAACAAGGAGAUAAAGGAACAGAGCAUAAUGAAGCAGGAAAAACUGGAACAGAUGGUACAGGAAAUAAUAAACAAGAAGGUGACAAAACAGGAGGAACAGGAAAUGAUGGAACAAGUGCAAAAGAAAAAGAAGAAGAGAAAGACAAACAAAAAGGGGAGAAUGGAGAAAGUGGAAAAACAGAAAAUGAAAGUAAAGGAAGUGAUAAAAUAGAUGAAACCGAUCAAACAGGAAAAGAUGGAGAAAGUGGGAAGAAGGAAGAAGAAAAUAAUCAAGAAGAAAAAGAUAAAAACAAAGAAGGGAAAGAAACAAACGAUAAUACACAAAACACAGGAAAUAACAGUAAAGAAGAAAAAGAUAAUUCUAAACAGAAUGAACAAAACAAAGAAAAUGAAAAAGAACAAGAAAAUAAAGUAAUAAAUAAUAACACAACAAAUAAUUCAGAAAGUAAAACAGAUGAUGAUGAUAUAAAUAACCAAAAGAAUGUUGAUGGUACAUUGUGUGUAUAUGUUAUUCUUUCUAUUCUUAUCACAGUUUUAUUCUUCUAA